AUGUCUUGGGCCUUUCCGCCUCUCGCUCUCCGUGGGCGACGAGCUGGCCAUGUCAUGGUACCACGUGAGACAAGACCCCGUACCUGCAUGAAUUUGGCUGAGCGAAUGCUUGAAAACGGAAUAAGGCAGGCCCCAGUGAGUGGCAACCAAAAGAUGACUCGGAUGCAGCUCUCCUCUCUCCUCUCUCCUCUCUCCUCUCUCCUCUCGCCUCUCGCUCUCUCAACAACAGGACUCUCUCUACAUAGUACGGCUUGGAAGAUUCAACAACUCUUGUCGGAUCCAACCUGGAAACCUGGACAGCUUGAAUCCAACAAAUGGCUGCCCAUGUGCCACAGAUCAAUCUCAUAUUCCAUGCCUCCGGAUUAUGCUGCAUUUUCUCAACCCCGCAUCCCCAAUUCCCCAAUCUUCUCCCUUUCCCCUGUGGAACUCGGAGAUGUCGGACCCGGGAUGGCCGGCACUUGGUCAGCAGGACCUUUCGUUCUCGCCUGUCUCGGGAGGAGUGGUCCUAGGAACUGGAUAACUGAUCCUCCUACGAGAGAGACUGGACACGAGUACAUCGGCGGAAGAGGUUCCGACUACGGAGAUCAAGCCCGUGCCGAUGUAGUCGGGGGUCGUGGAGGGGUGAAACUGUGA